AUGACAUUCUUAGUGAUAGACAAUGGUUCAUAUAAUAUAAAGGCAGGAAUAGAUAAUGUUCAAAAGGUUCAAAACUGCAUCUCCAGAGCAAGAGAUGGUACCGUAUAUAUUGGGAAUGAUUAUCUCCCCGUACCCAAUGCCUAUUCAGGAUUAAUAACCAAGAGACCAAUAGAUCAAGGUCAUUUGACAUCAUGGGAGAUAGAGAAACCUAUUUGGGAUUAUACAUUAGAAAAGAUAGACCGUCGAUUAGAUCCACUGCAAUUGAGUUUAUUGUUAACAGAACAACCUUAUCAAUUACCACAACUUUCUAUGAACACUGAUCAAAUAGUAUUUGAAGAAUAUGGAUUUCAAGAGUAUUAUCGAUGUAUACCAGCAGCGUUAGUUCCCUGGGCACAAUCGGCGUCAAUAUCAACUGAAGAAGGAUAUGUUGAUGAUUUUGAGUUGGUGAUUGAUUCAGGGUUUCAAGCUACUUGGAUAGUUCCAAUGAUUUAUCAGAAUGUUUAUUGGAACGGUAUAAAGAAGCUCCCCAUUGGGGGUAACUUACUUAAUGGGUUACUUCGAGAAACAAUAUCAUUUCGUCAUUAUGACAUGACAGAGGAACCCAUAUUAAUUAAUACUAUAAAGGAAAAUGCAUUAUUCAUGGCCAAAGAUUUCAACAAGGCGUUAAAGGAGAAAGUAACGUGUGACUUUGUCUUACCUGAUUUUAAAACAACCACCACUGGGUAUGUUAAAAAACCCAAUGAAAAAUUACCCAAUGAUACUCAAGUCUUGAGACUUAGUGAUGAAAGAUUUGUUAUACCUGAAACAUUCUAUCAUCCGGAACGGAUUUUUGAUAACUCCACUGCAUAUUCUAAGCUUUCUACAAUCCAAGAGGCUAACCUUAAGAACAUUACCGAUUUAGUUAUUGAUUCUAUUAUGGAAUGUCCCGAAGUAUCCAGACCUUUAUUGAGUGCCAAUAUCUCUUUGGUUGGGGGGAACAUCAAUAUACCCAAUUUCAAACAUCGACUUGUUGACGAGUUAAAAAAGGAAUUACCUUCUGAAUAUUCAGUCAAUGUCAAACAAAGAUCUUAUAAGCCAGAAGAUGUAGCAUGGAAUGGAGGAGUUAGUUUAUCACAAGCUGAUGUCAUGGACAACUUAAAGGUUACAAAGAAGGAAUACUUUGAACAUGGAGCUAAUUGGUGUCAGAAACAAUUUGGAUUCAAAAGGUGA